AUGUCCUCCGCGCCACCCGCAUCCACCUUCUUCCCACAUGAUAUCAGCAGCAGCAGCACCGCCUCCGCUUCAACUGGCCAGCGCAGGGGCUAUGUGGCGCGCCACUCGUCCGGCGGCGGGCGCUUCCUCCGACACGGCCGAUCACACCUGCCCGGGCAACGCCCGGCGGCACCACCCGGUCCCGGGUCCUCACAACAGCAUCCCGACCCCGUCGACCCGGACCAGCGCUCCACGAUCGACACCGAGCCACGGCAGAAGGACCCCGCCACCGGCGCUGAGACGGCGCCCGUCCCCGUGGACCCGGCCGUGUACACCGAGGCCGUCAUCCCCCGCGAGCCAAGGGACGUCCUGCAGCCCGACGAUCCCAACUUUGAAGGCGCCUCCCGCCUGCUUGGCCAGUCGGCGCUCGUCGUCACGCGCGAGAUUGAGAUGAUGAACAUCUUCCUCGGCUACGAGCAGGCCAACCGCUACUCGAUUGUCUCGCCCACCGGCGAGCAGGUCGGCUUCCUCACCGAAGAGGAGACGGGCUUCCUCGGCGGCGCCAUGAAGCGCCAGCUGCUCCGCACCCACCGCCCCUUUCGCGCCACGGUCAUGAACGCAGAGGGCCGCCCCGUCCUCAUGAUCAAGCGCCCGCUCACCUACAUCAACUCCAAGACCAGCGUCUACGCCGUGCGCCCAGACUACCCCAUCGGCUCUGGCCCGCCCGGCGACGACGACCUCGCCCUCAUCGGAGAGGUCCAGCAGCGCUGGCACGUCUACCGCCGUCGGUACGAGCUCUUCCUGCGCCGCCCGCCGUCCGACGAUGGCGACGACGCGGCGGUCCGCAGCAGCGGCGGCGACGGCGACGACCACUUUGAGCAGUUUGCCCAGAUCGACGCCGGCCUGUGGAGCUGGAGCUUCCUGAUGCAGGACGCCGACGAGCGGCUCGUGGGCGCCAUCGACCGCAACUUUCGCGGCUUCGCGCGCGAGAUUUUCACCGACACGGGCGCCUACGUCGUGCGCUUCGACUCGGUGGGGCAGACGGACAUGACGGACCCGAGGAUCGCGGCGUCGCAGCCCGGGCAGCCUGGGCCGGCGUCCGAGUCCGAGUCGAGCGGUACGGCGCUGGUCGAGAGCCAGGGAACGCGGCCGCUGACGCUCGACGAGCGCGCCGUGGCGCUGGCGACGGCCGUGUCGAUCGACUUUGACUACUUUUCGCGCCACUCGAGCCACGCCUCGGGCGGCGGCGGCAUGUUUCCCUGGUUCUACAUGGGCGGCGGCGGCGCCGAGGCGGGAGAGGCGGGGGCGGGUGGAGCAACGGGCGGCCAGCCGCCAACUGCACCGCCGCCGCAGCAGCAAGACGAUGGCGGCUUCGGCCUCGGCUCGGGCAUGGGCAUGGGUGGGUCGAUGGGCCAGACCGACUAUCCUUACGACCCAUCGCAGAGCGGCAGCGGCUCCGACACGCUGCCUCGCCAGACGCCGCCAGAGUCGUACGGUGACGCGCCGCCGUCGCCGCCAUCGACGGGACAGGACGUUCCGUGGUGGGAAGCUGCGCAGCAACAGCAGCAGCAGGGCGGCGUCGGCGACGGCAGUGAUGGGGGAGGAGAUGUGUGGGGGACCGGAUCGUCGGAUCCCUGGGCUGGCGCCGACGAUACCGAGUUUGGAGACGGCGACGGCGGCGAUGGCGGAGGGGGAGGGGGUCUGUUUGGUAGCUGGACCGACUGGCUCCCCAGUGGUGACGAUUAG